AUGCGCAAGCUCAUCUCUGAUAAAUUACGGAACCUCUCACAGCUUCUUUCUUGCUCUUCAAUCUCAAAUCCAUCUUGUCUCCAUCCGGAUGGCUAUGUGACACGGGGCACCACUGGAAGCAGAACCCGCAGCUGGAGCACCUUAGCCCCACAUUCCACCCAGGCCUCCACUGAGUGCAAGCCUCGCAAUGGGCCAAAGGCUGCUUUCUUCGAAAUAAAAGCUUGCUUGGUAUGGGAGCACUGCUUGGUAGAGGGAGGCUGGGUGUGGAAAGGUAGGAGAGCACUGUCUCGGGAGGGAGCAGACUCUCAGUUCUUACCCAAAGCGCAGGCCUUACAGAAGAAGCAGCAAGACACUAAGAAUCUGGCUUCGUUAGCUAACCAAAGUGAGAGACAAGCAACAGAACUUGAGCAGAAUGUGGCUCAGAUGAAGCAGCAGCAGACCCAGCUACAGAAGAGACUAUGUGAGGAGAGUGAAAAAAAGAAGCAACUAGAAGUAGAGAUUCAGCGGGACCAGCAACAAAUUAAAGAACUUCAACUGAAGAUGGAGCAACAACAGAAGAUCCUUAAACUUAAGGAUAAAGAGAUUGCUGCAUUUAAAAAGAAGAAAAAUAACUCAGUGGGGGCUUCACAGAAGCUACAGAAAUUAGAAGAGCAAAAGAAAUGGCUGGAUGAAGAAAUUGAGAGAAUUCUCCAACAGCACCAACAGUUGGCAGAACUAGAAGAAGAUUUAAAGAAAAGAGAAGCCAUUGUAGCCAAAAAAGAAGCUCUGUUGCAAGAGAAAAGCCACCUGGAAAUCAAGAAACUGAGAUCUAGCCAGGCUUUAAACAAAGACAGUAUGAAAUUGUCUACUCGUUUAAGUAUGCUGGAUCGGGAACUGUGUGAUAAAGGUUUGCAGCUUCAGGGCAGCACUGCUGAAGAUAAGACAGACAUUUUGGAAAAAAUUCAGGUUCUCCAGUCGGAAAGGGAUCAGCUGCUCAGAAGAAGAAACAGUGUGGAUGAGAAACUGAAAGUUGGUAAAGUGUUGUCAACUGAAGAAGAACAUGUUCUUUUCCAGCUGGAAGAAGGAAUUGAAGCCCUGGAAGCUGCUAUUGAUUACAAGAAUGAAAGUAUUGAGAAUCGCCAGCACUUGCUUAGGUCAUCUUCUCAGAUUCUUUCACAGAGCGAGAAUAAUGUAAUAGGAAAACUAGUUUCCCUGUCUGCUGCAGAGCUCAGAGCCAUCCUCUUCAAAUAUUUCAACAAGAUAGUUGGCCUACGUGAGUCUGAACGUAAAUUACAACUGCAGAUCGAAGAACAGGAAAUGAAGGUCACAGACCUGGAAAACAUAAUACGUGAAUUAGAAUCUGCACUUGAACACGUCAAAUUGCAGUGUGACAGGCAGCUGACGCUACAACACAAAGAACACGAGAAAAAACUACAGUUAAUACUGCAUCAUUUCAAAGAACAAGAUAGCGAAGGUAUUGCAGAAACCUUGCAAGAGUAUGAAGUAAAAGUUCAGCAACUGGAAAAAGACUUAUUUUUCUAUAAGAAAACCAGCAGAGAACUGAAAAAGAAACUGAAGGGCCUCUUUGGAGAGUCAUCACAUCAAUUACUGGCAUCCACUAAAUGUAACAGUGCUGGCGACAAGGCAUCCAGUCAAGAUCAAGCAGAAGUUGCUUCUGAAGAAUUCAAGUCGACAGAUAACCCUGAAGCCAACAGUCAACCAGGGAAAAUAAAAGAAACAGACAGAACAAGUAUUUUAAGAGCACAGCAGAAGACAUACAAGCUUAGAGAAGAUGUUUCAGAACUUGGGUGCAACAAAGAGUGUUUGUCGAGCUCUAGUGAUGACAAAACAGCAACAGAUGAAGCUCAGCCUUCAAAAUCUCAUCCUCAGCUACCUUCUGUCACCCAGAGAAGAGAAACCGUAGUGCAUUUUCAAGGAAUAACUCCAGUAAAACUAUCUCGCCGAGAGCUACGUCAUAUUCCUCCCUCUGAAUUAUCUUUCAGACGCUCAAGCCUUGGAGUUGGUGUCAGUUUUAUUGCUCCAGAUUCCAUUGAAAUGGACAAAAAGUCUAGUGUCACUAAGACAUAG